CUUUCCGUAUUUGGUGACUGACGGACAGUAAAGAUGGCGCCGGAGCCGCUCGUGUGUUUAACUAGUGAGAGAAGAUGACGGUCCUAAUCACGGGAACGUGCCGAACAGCUGCGUCAUUUACUGAGGACCGUUAAGGGACUUAAGGACGAACACUCGAGCGGCUUGUGGACUCGACAGAACCGAACAUUUCCCCCGUGUAAUUUCUCCUGUUCGGCCCGAUGGAGGAUAUCAACUCGAACAUUAACGCUGACUUGGAGGUGCGGAAGCUCCAAGACCUGGUCAAGAAGCUCGAGCAGCAGAAUGAGCAGCUGAGGAGUCGCUCCGCGCUGCUCUCGUCGUCCGGCGGUUUAGGGGGCAACGCCAGACCGCUGAGCGCCGGCUACGACUCGCCGCUGUCAGCGGGACUGACGGGCUUCACCGGGGCGGGGUUCGGCAGUGUACACAGGGGCUUCGGCGGCGGCGGAGGAGGAGGAGGAGCGGCGCCGCUCGAGAACUCGCGCUGCCUGAGCCCGAGGCGCUCGUACCAUGGCAGCUACGGCUCAGCGUAUGACUGCGACGGCUCUCCCGCGGCCACAAACACCAGCAGCAGCCCGUACUACCACCGCGAGUCUCUGGAUUACAGCGACGAACGCGAGUCCUCGGUCCUGGACGAGGUGGAGGUCCUGGACCUCGAGGACAUGGACUGUCUGAACGAGGACGAUGACAGCUGGUUGUAUGAGGCGAAGCUGAACAGCCCUUUCCAGAAAGCCCUCAGUCCUAUCGUGUGGUGUAGACAAGCCCUGGACAACCCCAGUCCUGACAUGGAGACAGCCAAACGUUCUCUUAUCCACAGACUAGACCUCACAAUGACAGGAAAUAAAAGGCGGAGUCUGUACGGCAGUGCCUACAGUCCUCAGGUGGCCUAUGGAAGCUCGUGCAGCCCGAACGCAUCCAACAGUCCGUACAGCAGUGGCUUCAACUCGCCUUCCUCCACUCCCUCCAGAGUGCCUAUCGUCAAGCAAUUAGUACUGCCAAGUAGCACAGGUUAUCAGCGUGGCUCGGUGGACAGAAACCCCCCGCCAGUGAGCCCUCAGUCAUCGGUAGACAGUGAGCUGAGCACUUCUGAGAUGGACGAGGACUCCGUGGGAUCUUCUACCACCUACAAGCUCAAUGAUGUCACUGAUGUGCAGAUUCUCGCCCGCAUGCAGGAGGAGAGUCUACGUCAGGACUACGCUGCUACAGCGUCACGGCGCAGCUCAGGCUCAUCGUGUCAGUCCCUGAGACGUGGCACGCUUAGUGAUCAGGAGCUGGACGCACAAAGUCUGGAGGACGAUGAGGAGGCAGCAAUGCCCAUGGCCUACCACCACCCACCGAUCACCCGCUUCAGCCCCUCACCUCGUGUCUCGCCCCGUGUCUCACCUCGCCACUCUCCCCGCUCACGCUCACCCGCCCGCGCCUCUCCACAGCCGAUCAUGAGCCGCCUGCAGCAGCCUCGGCUCUCGCUGCAAGGCCACGCCCAUGAACCCCACACAAACGCCAUCAAGAAUGAAGAGAAAUUACGGCGCAGUCUUCCCAACCUAACACGUUCCGGCUCUGGCCCUGCAGCUGAACCUGUCAAAAACAGCCGCAGCUGUGAGUCCAACCUGCAAGUGCCAAACGGAUCGCCACGACACCAGAGCCAGUCAACUAGCAGACCUCAGGACAGCCUGAAUCAGACCAUGAUUCCUGAUUGUCUCCCAGCAGCGCAGUACCAAAGGCUUUCCGGGCCGGCACGCGUCCCCCCGAAACCCAAAGAGCGGCUGCAGAGCCCCACGUCUCUACGAGUUCCCCCUAGCAGUAAGAUGCGCACACCGGCAGCACCAUCGCCUCUCGCCCUGCGGCAGCCCAUGAAGGUGGUGUCUAAUCCUGGUUCAGUCACGGCAACACCCACUCGCUCUUUAGCCCAGCCUCGUAGUGCUCUGCCCCGCCCCAGCGGCCCUGCUCCCGGGGGUUUGCCUGUGCCUCGCAGCAAACUAGCCCAACCAGUGCGCAGGUCUCUGCCAGUUCCUCGCACCUACAGCGGUAUCAGGGAUGAGAGCUGGAGAGAGGGCUGCUACUGAGAUGCCUACAGCACAGAGACGGACUGUCUAACCCGGCACUUUACUACCCAACACAAACGACAGAGAGUAACGCUCUUUCUAUCCCCAAAUAAUCAGCACGGACACUCAUAUCAUGGCUGGCUGGAACUCAGCGAAUGCCAAAGAACCUGACUGAGAUAUAGACAUUCUUGCCACAGGGCUGCGCUCUCACCCCAACCAAACAGCUCCUACAGAGAGAACAGAUCACAAUCAUCUCUCUCUAAUAACCUAAUAAACACUUUAUUGCAUUUAUGCCCUGUGAAAGAGCCCCUCGACUGUCGCUACACACAGUUUUUCCCCCCCUGUAACGGGCCUGUUGCAAUCUUGUCAGGGUGGAAUGUUUUGUGAAACUCUUCUGAUGGUAUUUCACAAUGUGUAGCUUGAUGGCCAUACCUAAAAACAAACACAAAAACAAAAAAUUCAAGUGGCUGUAUGGUGAUCAAACCCCUUAGUGUCUUUCAGCAGGAAUGUCUCGUCAUUUCUAUGUGACAAUUAUUUAUUUAGAAAUGAUUAUGUAAAAAAAUAUUUACAGAAUAUAUUCCGAUUCAGUAUUUGCUUUUGAUUUUUUUUUUUUUUUUGGCCAUUUUAUUUCUGAAUGUUAAAGAUAAUGUUAAACCUCAGCUAUAAAGCUAUGUUUCCAAAGCUUUCUUUCCCCCCUUUUUUGAUGGAUCCAUGGCAAGCGCAUAUGUGUGUUUUAACAAAGUUUGGGUUCAGUGGGUUUUUUGUGAACAAAUAUGCCAUACACCAAGGUUAAUACAAGGGGCGUUCAAGUCAAACUAGGGACUUGUGAUGAAAUUUCUGGUGAAGGAAGGCAUAAAACUGAUUGACAUUUACAGAAGAUUUUAAGCACAGUACAGUGAUGAGACUCUUAGCUGCAUUGAAACAUUUGAACGGUGCAAACGUUUUAAAGGAAGCUGUAUGAUCACCCUGCAGUGUAAGGCCUAAUUCUUGAAAAGCGACAGAUAACUCGUUGCCAACUUGUGGAUGAGACACAUCUGUGUGUGGGAACUGUACACACAAUCAUUCACCCACACCACUUGCACAUUACAGGAACUCAGGUGGGAGUUAUUGUCACAUCCCAGUACAGGGAUGUGACUAACUGGUGUCCCCAAAUUGACCUCACUCCAAGUCAUUUCCACAUGUUUGGGACAUUAAAGGAGUUCUUGGGAGGCCAGUGUUUCAGACCUGAAGCAGGCAGACUGAUCAUGGCUCCAACUGAGAGAACUUUCUACGUUUAUGUUAUCCAAGCACUAGUGAAACACUGGGAUAAGUGCAUGAGUGUAUCAGGGGAUUAUAUAGAGAAAUAAAUGGAGGCUUAUCAGAAAUAUGCUGCACAAUCAAAGGUCCUGGUUUGACUUGAACAUUCCUCGUAGUUUAAUACAUUUUCAACUAUAACCUUAAAUAAUCAUGGACUGGAGGAUCAUGGGUAUUACUGUAUGUUGUAUGUCCAAAUGGGGGUAGUACUCAAUGUCAUUUCCCAGAGUGCAUCAUGUUCCAAUUUGGCAGUCAGAUUAUUGUAAUCCAUUCGAUGUUAAAGAUGAAGUGUUACGACAGUAGCAUUUGUGCAUAUUAUAAACUGGCGGAUAGUGACUUUGUCCGUCUGUCUCCUUUGCUCAGGGGUAGGGAGGGGGGGUCAUAAGAUGACAUUGUGAUAUGUAGUGUUGGUGAAAAAAAAAAAAAGAAGAAAUGAAUUGAAAAGUAUAAUCACAUGAGCUUGUCUCUGCAAUCAUGUCGAUGAUGGAAUUGAUUUCAAACCCAGUUUUUGAUCAGUUUUCCAAGAACAGAAAAAAUAAAAUAAAAAAAUAAAUUGUAAAAAAAAAAAUUGUGGUUCAUAGUCUAGGAACAGAAAGUCGAAGAUCAAGAAAGAGAUCAGGAACAAACAAAACCGCACCUGAGCAGCAAUGCCACUGCAGACAUUUGCAAACGUUUUAAACAUGAGUGCCUAUAAUUUAUGAGAUUGUGAUAGUUUUUCUUUGCAUUUUAUACAUUUAAUUUUGUGUGCCAACUGAGUUGAUUUUUUUUUCUUUUUUUUUCUCUUUUUCUUUUUUUUUUUUUCUUUCCGCCAUUAUUAUUCGCUUCAGGGGUCUCUGCAUUUGUUUACGUUUUUGGCUGAUAUGUUCUUAUUAUUUUCUUGGUUUUGUAAUUGCUUUGAUAACAUUUAUAUGUAUGUUAUUACAAACGCUUUGAUAUUUAUGAGUAAAUGCUCUGAUGUAAUAAGAGGCUUAUUUAUUAAAUCCGAGCGAAACCUGUGCACAGUGAGAGGCAGUGUGAGUGGGACGUCUGAGCCUGGUCUGGCCAUGAGGACACUCAUGCCACACCAUUUUGUGGACAGUUUUGUUAAAACAUUUUUAUAUCUCCACAAACAUGAUGCUCAGUUUUUUUUGCCUGUGUUCACAUUUCAAAUAAAAAAAUGUUUAAAACA